UCAUCAAUCUUCGCGAUAAGCUAUCUUCGACCUACUGAGCAAUGGAGUAUUCGUUAGUACAGAAAGAACCGAUCUCACGAAUUUCCACUCCUAUAGAAGAUGCUAGGCACCAGCCUCGCCUAUCAAGACCAUUAUCGACUUCAUUACGACACUGGAAGUGGGAGCUUGCCACAUGGCUGCUAGGGACGACUGCACUCGGUGCAAUCAUCACGCUGCUCAUUCUUUACAGAGAUGAGCCACUCAGGCAUUGGACCGCUAGUUUCAGCUUGGCUACUACUAUCGCAGCUCUUUCGCAGGUCACACAGUCCGCUCUUCUUGUUUCGGUAUCAUCCUGCAUCGGUCAACUUAAAUGGUCAUAUUUGCGUAAUGAGCGGUCGACUCUCGAUAUCAGUAGAUUCGAAGAGGCUUCUCGUGGGCCUCGAGGGAGUCUCAUAUUGCUUUUGAGCACUCGUCCGUGAGUCUUCCUCCGCCUGUCUGCAACGGAAUUUCUAACAAGCUCAUAACGUAAGACAUCUAGUAUCCGUCGGAGCAAUCGCGACUAUCUUACUGCUUGGCUUUUCGCCGUUUACUCAACAGUCGGUUACAAUUAAAGUAAGGAGUACCAACGGUACCUUCUCUUCUACAGGUGCCAUCAUAAGUCGUUCAGUACAAUACGUCAACGACGCCACCAAUGCAAGUUUUGUGGAAUACGACAUGGAUUCUCAAUCUACGAUUCCUAUCAUGUAUCAUCCACACAUGUCUAAAGGCAUACUUGCAGGUAUACUUGAUGACGUUUCAAGCCCUUCGGAUGUC